GGUAGUUGUUCCGAUACAUACUGAUACUGUUGAGAGGGAGAGAGAAAGAGACGCGGUUUCCUUCCGUAGCGAGAAGGAAACGAGGAGAACACACACAAACACCCAUUCCUCUUUCUCUAAAUCUCGUUUCUCUAUUCCGGUCUGCAGAUCUCUCCUGAAACCAUGACAACCUCAAGGCGUCUUGCGGAUAAGAAGGUGGAGAGGUUUGAGAAGAACAUUACUAAGAGAGGUGCAGUGCCUGAAACAACCACAAAGAAAGGAAGUAAUUAUCCAGUUGGGCCCAUUGUUCUUGGAUUCUUUGUGUUUGUUGUCAUCGGAUCCUCUUUAUUUCAGAUAAUCCGGACAGCAACAAGUGGAGGCAUGGCUUGAAUAUAUUGGUCUGCAGCGUGGGUAACAGGAAGCCAUGUGAUACUUACUUGGUACCUUGAAUUUGCCAUAUUAGAAUAGAUGUAGAGUUUCUAACGUGCUACCUGAAUAUACGAGUAUUUUCUUGUGGACAUGGGUGAUUGUAGUUGUUACUUGAAUGCAAUAAAUAAAUAAAGAUAUCAUUUUAGUAUUUGAAGUGAUUCGCAUUGAA